UCUUCGUAAUAUUCAAAAUGAACUUUUUCAACAGUCAACAGAUAGAUUAGAAGACUUGGAAUGGCCGUUAUUAGAUGAUAAUGACUCUGAAUCAGAAUGUGAUGACGAAUUAUCAGCACAAUCAACAUCAAUACAGCUAGUUCAAUUACAAGAUGCUGUAGAACAAUUCACAAAAUCCUUAAGCCAUCAUCCAGAUCAACAACAAAGAAAAGAUAGGCAAAAUUUAAAUAGGAAAUUGUUAUCAAAAUCUGAAUGGAAUGAGUUGGAUGAAUUAAUAUUACUUUUAUUGCCCUUUGCACAGUCAACCAAAUUAAUUGAAGGUUCACAAUACCCAACUCUCGGUAUGAUGCUCCCUACUAUUUCCCUUUUAUCUUCAUAUUUGCAUCGUACAAAAAUAUCCCUUACUUUAUCCAAAAUUUUAAAUGUUUGCCAACUAAUCGAGGACUCUAUAUCUGCUCGCUGGGAUUCACCUUUAACUGAAGCUUAUGUUGCCUUCUAUUUAGAUCCCGAUUCAAAAAUUUCAAGAACUGAAAUAGAUCAGUUUUAUGAUGAUGAAGUUUCUAAUCCUGCGGUAGAUAAUGAGUUAGAAAGAUAUAAAAAAGUGACUCAAAUAAACAA